AGAAGGGCUGGAGAGGACACAGAUGGACGAGGCGGCUACAACCGUCGAGGCGAAGAUGGGACCGAUGGUAGGGGUGGAUAUAACAAACGCGGCGAAGAUGGAACUGAUGGAAGAGGAGGAUAUAACCGCCGAGGAGAACAAGAUACGGAUGGAAGAGGUGGGUACAAUCGCCGAGGAGAGCAAGAUACAGAUGGAAGAGGAGGAUACAAUCGCCGCGCUGAGCCGGGGACAGAUGGACGUGGAGGUUACAACAAGAAG